CGCUGUCUUCAUGUGUCUCCCUCUGCAUGCACCCACCUGCGAAGAAGCUGCGUACGCGCCGUGUAUCGACACCCGCACUGUCGAACUUUUUCCGCCGAAGGCGCAGCGACAGGAAAGGCAACUGUCUGUGAGCAGUGUCUUGGACUUGACGUCUUGCAAGGAAACGGAGGGAAAAAAAGAGUCGCAGGCGCAUGCUCUCCUGUCGGGGGGUCGGCGGCUCUCUCGUCGUUCAUCGCGCGCGGGCUCUAGAGAGACACGGUUUGAAGCCUCACCCGAGCAAGAAAAGAGAGACACGAGGACCAGGAACGAGGAGGAAGCUUUUUGCGUCCUUGGUUCUCGGCGUCGUGUCAACUUCCUGAGUUUCCCGCCUCAGUCCGUGGUUGAGCGAUCUGCGGAGACACCGCAGGAAGAACCGCAUAUCCUCGCUUUCCCCUUCCACAUGCGCUCCGUGUCUCUGUUUCGAGUCCAAGCGCUCUGCGCAGCUCUUUGAGUGUUUGCGCCACGAAACAUCCGAAGAGACUCGCGACUUGGUGGACUUGGUCGUCUCUCCUCUGCCGCGCUUCGUCUUCUCGCCGAGGCGAAGGCGGGAAGUGCAUGCACUGUGUCAAGACAGGCUCUUCCUCGCCGUUGAGAAAAAAUGUCUCGUCCUUCUCCAGUGAGUGCAGCCGGCGACGCAGCGCCUGGACUGCCUUCCAUCGCCCCCUCUGAGGGAGAGACACAAGGAGACGCCACCGGAGACAGCAACGAAGGACGUGAGAGCGGAGAAGAACAGCUCAUUGGAGAAGACGAGGAAAAUCGAAGCAGAGACACGCGACGCAUUGCCGGCAGAGAGAGUCCAGAAGACACGAGCGAGGGAGAGGGCGAAGCCGACUGCUUCGACGUCAGUUUCUACUCGCUUCCUCUCUCGCUGCGCCCAGAACCUGCUCUCGCGUCUCCUUCAUCUCUGCAGCGAGGCGGACGGCACUCCUCGAACCGAAGAGAAGAAGAAGAGAGAAAAGAGAGAGAGGAGAGGAAGAGGCGAGCGGUGAACAGACUCUCGACGGGGGAGUUGCAGGUGAAGCGCGGGAGAUACGGGUCAUCCGUCGGAAGCGAUGUGACUGCUGCUGCCUCGUCCGUAGCGACUCUCGUCGCUUUGCCUUCCUCUUCAAGUCGUUUGCUCAGGGCAGGUACAGCACUGCAGUCUUCGUCAAGUCUGUCGAUCAGCCACACACCGAAGUGCAGCUCCUUGCCCUCCUCGCCUUGUUCUUCCCUUUGCCGUUUCCCUCGUUCGUCUCCUCCCUCUCCCUCUUCUCCUUCUCUGCCUUGUUGUGAUUCUUCCUCUUCGGCGGAUUCUUCUUCUCUGCCUUGUUCUUCUUUUUCCCCCUCGGCUUGUGCGUCUUCUGGGCCUUCCUGCUCCACUCUGUCGGGUCACUCCUCGGUCUCCGUUCAACCGCGGCGUUCCGCGGUUCUUGACUGUGACUCUCUCUCUCCUGGUUUCUCGUUGUCUGCGCUCGCUGACCUCUUCUGUAGCGCCGGGCCUCCAGAGCCUCCUCCUUCUUUUUCUUCUUCUUUCUGGGGAGCGUCUUCAGAGCCUGUGGGGUUUUACGUUCGAAGUCGGGCAGAGCGAGAGAGCAUGCUCGCGCAUCUUCUCCGGCCGCGAGUCUCCGAGGCAAGGAGGGAGAAAAGAAAGUAUCGACAGCCGUACGAGAAGGACGGCCUUCUGCGCGCUACUUUAAACGGAUGCACAGGACGACGCGUCGCCCUGGUGCUGACGCAGGGCGGCGCAGUCGAAGGCCGCUUCGUCCGGUGUAUAGACAGACGCGAGGUGGCUCGGCGUCCGCCGCCUGUGCCCUUCUUCCGCCAGCGCAUGCAGACCCAGACCUGUGCUGGGAGUGGCGAGACACAACGCAGGAGGAGGGAGACUUUCCGGUCUCCCGCGAGAAGCAAUCCAGCGACCUCUGCGACGGCAACUCUGGCGUCUUCUUCAUCCCUGCCGAGCGAUCGGAGGGCCACAAAUGGGGACGCGCGGAGACUCCGCAGUCUCUCCUCAGCGUCGGGGCGCGGUGCCUCGCCUCCUGCUGCGUACCCGCCGCUUCCUGGACCGCCCCUCCUGGGGUGUACGUCCAGCGGAAAGUGCGGAGGCCCCGCAGAUGCCCAUCCACCUGAGUGGCCUCGAGCGCCCGGCUCCCUGCUUGCGCAGCGAAGGGAAGAGACAGGAGGACGGAGAGACGAUCCUCGCUUGCGCAGGUUUCAGAGAAGACGAGCUGUGUCGCGGAUCGUGCUGGAUGACGCCGUAGUGUACAGACACGCGGCGCCGGUCUUUGCAUCCGCAGCCGCCUCGGUCAGCUCCGGAGCCUCGAGACAGGCGCAGACGCGAAGCGCGCUGGCGGAGAGGGGAGGAGAGACGGCGGGGAACUCGUUGAGCGCGCGCUCGGAGUCUGUGGGUGUCGCAGAACCAGGCGGAGCGAGGCGAGGAGACGGAGGCGAAGUCCUCGCCUCCGUCUGUGUGAAGACAACUGGAGUGGCGUUCAUUCUUGGGACUGAAGGGAGCAGCGUGCGGGGCUUGGAGGCCCGUGUGAAGAAGAGCUACAUCGACGCAGUGAAGAACAAAGUUUUUGACCGCUCGGAGGAGCUCGCAGGAGUCUCCCUCGGGGCUGUGACAAGAGUCGGUCUCGCGCGAGACCUUUCAGAGCGUGGAGCUGCAUCUGAGAGAGAGUACGCAGCCUCGUCGCUCUCUGCGAGUCUCGAUGGCUCCUCCUCCUCUUCCUCUUCGUCGUCCUCUUCUUCGAACCCGUCACUCACUUCUUUCUCGUCCACGCUGUCUGCGUCGCCCCUGGUGUCUCCUUCCCCGUCUCCGUCUCCUGCCACUCCGUCUGCCGCCGCUUCCGCCGCCUCUUCGUGCGCGUACUACUCCAGCUACGGGGAUCCAUCGGUUCACAGUUACAUGCUGCGAGAUGGGCCGCGAACCGCCGCGUAUCAUAGAGCGUUGGCUGCGAACAAGAUCUUUCUCGAGGACGCAGUGGUGAUGGAUGUCGGAGCAGGCAGCGGCAUUCUGUCGCUGUUCGCAGCUCGCGACGGAGGCGCGAAACGCGUCUACGCCGUGGAACCGAGUGACACCUUCUUUCUUCUCCAGGAGGUCGUCGAGGCGAACAAUAUGCAGCAGGUUGUGCUCCCCAUCCACGCAACUGUCGAGGAGCUGAUCGAUGCCUCGCGCGCCCUGCGGGCCCUGAAGACUGCAUGCAAGGCCCAUCCCAUGGAGUCCGAGGGUGAGAAGAAAGGCGCAAGAUGUCGAGCGCAGAAUCCCCCGAUGCCUCGAAAUGGAGACUUCAGCGACACCGAGAAGCAGAAGGAGAUCAAGGGGGAGGAAGACGAGGAAGAGAAAGCAGGUUCGAGAGCGGACGAGAACAAGGAGGAUGCGAAGACAGAGGAUGGGGAGAACUGGCGAGUGCUGGAUGCCUUGAAGUCUAGGGCAGGCGUUAGGACUUUCCUUGAGGAAAUGGAAGCGGCUUCGAAGGUGAACGCAAGCUCCUGUCGCUUCCUCGAUGCCAUUGUCUCUGAGUGGAUGGGGUUCUACUUGCUCCACGAAGGAAUGUUGGACUCUGUGUUGAAGGCGCGAGACGCGUUUCUGCGUCCCGGCGGCCGCCUAUUUCCAUCUCGCGCGCGGCUCUGGCUGACGCUCGCGGACUGCUCCGAGUAUUGGGCGAGUCGCCUGCGGUGCUUCACGAGUUUCCAUGGCUUCAACUUCGCGCCGCUGCAGCAGCGACUCCUCGCUCAGAUGCAGGAGGGCAAGCAGCCGCUGCUCCUCCACCUCGAGCCGUCUCAGUGCACAGCUGCGAGGCCCGCGCUUCUGUUCGACUGGGAUCUCUCUGAGACCUCCGUCGCUGAGCUUCAGGCCGUCGCUCUGGAGGCGCGCAUCGAAGCCGUCCGCCAGGGCCCCGUCCAUGCUUUUGCCAUAUGGUUUGAGUGUCUCUUCCCUUCGGGAACAGAAGCCGAGGAAGCACAGGGGACGGAGGCGCGUCGAGAAGCCGCCGGCGAGCGCGAGAGAGAUCAGCGAGGAGAGAGAGGAGACGGAGAAGACGGAGAAGACGGAGGGGAACGGGGAGGGAGGUGGAGGAACAGGAAGAAGGGCGGGGGAGGUGUUGGAGAAUCGGAAGCGUGUGGGGACUGCUCGAAGAUCCUGGUGGCCGAGAAGCGCGCCGCAGAGGCGGGAGCAGAGGCCGCGAAGAAGGUCGGGGGGAAGGCGAGGCGCGAAGGGGGUCGUGGAGAGGCAGAGGCGAGAGGCGAGACAGACGAAGGCCUUGGAGUGAAGCUCGACACCGGCCCAUUCAGCGCAGAAACGCACUGGAAACAGACCCUCGUUCUUCUGCCGCAAGCGAUGGAAGUCGUGGCUGGACUCACACUCACUUGUCAAGUCCAACUGAGGAAGGCACACGAACGCGCGAGAGCCUACGAAGUGGAAAUCGAAGUCGUCGAUGCAGAAAUGGAAGAGCGACAAGAAGAAGAAGAGAAAGAGGAAGAAGAGAAAGAGGAAGAGGAGGAGGGGGGGACAGAAGGGAGUGGUGAGUAGGUGGUGAUGUAGAGAGGGAGGCAACAAAGGCGGUCGAGGACGGAGACAGGCGGUGUUGUUUUUUGUGCUGAGCGGGAGAAGAAAGGCGUAGGAAGAGAUGCGAUGGAACAGACACGUUGAGGUGAGGCAAUCAGUCGGGGUUGCAGAAGGGGGGAAGGGAUGGACAGAAGGAACUUGGGGAAAUGUUGGAGAUCUUCUUCGCGAUACUGUUCGCGAUGGACUUUUUCGUUUUUAUAAGAAGUUUUCUUUCUCGCCUUGCGCACUCCGAAAAACUGUAGAUGCGGGCUUGGGACGUUUUUGCGGCACCCGGCUAUCCGUGCUCUGUUUUGGGGCCUGUAGAUACACCCCAAAAAGACCGUGCAAGGCUGCUUUGCUGUCUGCCCUGCGUUGCCUUCUUCUCUCUGCGUCUGUAUCUCGUUCCCCUCAAUUGCGUGUGGCCCGACGUCUCUUUUUGCCUCCUUCCCCGUUUGCUUUCACAACUUGUCCUGGACUCUUCUUGACGCGGACUCUUCAUCGAGAGGUCGUGCUGCGAAGGCCGCACGGAGCCCACCAGAUUUUUUACUGCUUUUCUCGUAUUUCUCCAUGUGCCUCAUCUAUGUCACUCCAUUUGACUCCAUUUUCUGCUCUUCCGUUUGACUCCUCUCUGUCUCGGUUCGUGCUGCCCUCCCCUCUGCACUUUCGUGUCUCUCGUCUCUCCCACUGUCCGCUGGAGUCUUCGUUACUCCAUUCCAGGGUGUCCCUGCGACAGCGCACAUGUUCACGC